AUGUUAACUAAAGCAUUUGUUACAUCAAAAAUUAAUGAUACAAAUGGAUUUAAUGAUAUUUCACAAGAUAAUGGUGAAGAUUUUUGGAGGGCAUUACAAGGGCCCAUUUUUUCACGAUUGUAUAAUAUUAAUAUUACGGCAUCGAAUGUUAGUUAUGGUUAUAUAUUUAAUGAAAAUAAAAUUCUCGGAGUACCACGAUUGAGACAAGUUCGAAUUCAAGGGUAUACAGAUGAUGAUAUUAAAAAAAUUAUUAAUAAAUAUGAUAAAAAUAAUGAUGGAAAUCUAGAUGAAGAAGAACAGAAACAAAUGAAGCAUGAUUUGGAUAUUGGACAAAUUAAGAUUGAUGACAAUCAUGAUGAUAAUAAAUCAGGUGUUAUACUUCUUAUUAUUGGUAUGGGGUCUUUCAAAACCAUUAGUUUAUUCAAAUAUCAGUCAUCUACAAAACGCAGAAGGUAUCAAUAUAUAGAUAAUGAUAAAAAUAAUUUACAAAAUUCACAUGUGGCAAUCCAAGUCAACCCAUUUUCACAACUGAAUAAUAGUGGUAGUUACCAACAAUAUUCGACGAUAUUACCAUUGGACGAUGAUGAUGAACUAAUACAAUCAGAUAUAUCAUCAAUAUCAGCAUCAAUUUUUUGUGAAACUAGUUUAAUUGAAUUACGUUUAGAUCAAGAUACCGAAUAUGACAACGAUUUAGCAGAUGAAGAUAAUAAUUAA